AUGCUCGUAUCGAGCGUUUUCCGCUCUGACGUCUCGAUAUCCCCGGCCCAGGCGACGUGGUUCGGGGUAGCUGCUGCAGUGGCCGUUGUUGGCGCAACAACCUUGGUUCUCUCAUCCAUUGGCAAGCCCGAGGUGAAAGGCAAGUCCACCACAGAGCUCAGCGGAGGAAAGUUGAAGAAGGAUGAAGUGGCUAACGGCUGGACUAACUACGACAGAUACUUCCAACAAAAUCCUGGCGAAGGAGUCACCGAAAAGAGCCAAGCUCCUCAAUUUGUCGACACAUUUUACAAUCUCGUGACCGACAUUUACGAAUGGGGGUGGGGACAGAGCUUCCAUUUCUCGCCUGCUCUCCCCGGGAAGUCAGAUAGGGAGGCGACGAUCGCUCAUGAGGAGUACAUUGCGACUAUAUUGAAGCUUAAGCCUGGAAUGAAGGUUCUGGACGCGGGAUGCGGAGUUGGCGGACCAAUGCGCGCGAUCGCGGCCAAGUCCGGAGCGAAUGUAACUGGUGUUACUAUUAACGAGUAUCAAGUGGAGCGUGCUCAGCAGCACAAUGCCCGGAGAGGCUUGGACAAGCUGUGCACGGUGGUCCAAGGCAACUUUCUUGAGCUGCCGUUUGAGGAUAACAGCUUUGAUGCUGCUUAUUCUAUCGAGGCUACCUGCCAUGCUCCGAAGCUGACGGACGUUUACGGCGAGAUCUUCCGCGUGCUGAAGCCCGGCCAGCUGUACGCGACGUACGAGUGGGUGAAGACGCACAAGUACGACCCAGACAACAAGGAGCACGUUAAGAUUAUUGACGACAUCUGCUACGGGAACGCGCUUCCGGAGCUUCGAUCUUACAAGGAGAUCGUGGAAGCAGCUGAAGCGGUGGGGUUCGAAGUUAUUGACAACAGGGAUGUCGCAGCUCCUCCUGCUCUCCCCUGGUGGACGCGCCUCAAGAUCGGCCGUAUCGCACCGGGAUCUUCACUCCCGCACACCUGCUGCUGCUUCGGAAACCCGCUGCGCCGGCCUCCACUUAAAUUAGAAUUCUCUCUUCAUUACUUCUCCAUUCAAUGCUGUUGCCCACACACUCUCUCCAACACUCCCUUCCUCGCAUCUCGUUCUCCAUUCCCUCACCUCGUGCGCCCCUCCUCAUCUUCCUUUGUUUACAACACUUCUCCCUUCCUUCCUCCUUUAGUCACUCGUCACUUCACCUCCCUUUUUGCAUCCGCUUGUUGUUUCUUCCUCUCUUGUCUCCCUCACUCCCUCCCGCUCCGCCACUCUAUCCUCCCCUCCCUCCAUCCCUCCUGCCUCCCUCCUGGUCGCCCUCCCUCUCUCCUUCUCUCAUUCUCUCCCUCACUCCGGCUCUCUGUCUUGCUCUCUCUGUCACAAUUCGCUCCUCCCUCUCUCCCUACCCCUAUCCCCCUUGCAUCCAUCUCUCUAUCCCUUCGUCCCAACACUUGGCCCUGUACUUUCAUCUCUAUUAGGUACCUCUUUCCUGUCCUCCCUCUGUACAUUCUCAUCCUCUUCUGCCCCCCCUCCCACCACCCACAUCUCUCACUCCUAUCCUUUGAACCCCACCUUUCUGGACAUCCCACUCUCACUCCUCUCCUUACUACCUGCCUACCCACACACUCCUCCCAAGCUCUACCACCUAAACAUCUGUACACAGCAUGCAUGUGUGCCUAA